AGCUGGUGGAUUGCUUUCAUGUUGUUUGAACAACUGUACUGUAGCCAGCACCGCGGGCCAAGCCAUGCCUCCACGUCCAAACAAGAAGCGGCGGGUGGCGGACAAGCAGGCGGCAGAGGAAGUGGUCUCCAAGAAGUUGAAAGCUGCUGCCUCGGCCGCUUUGGCCAUCGAUGGCCAGGCACUGGUGCAGUUCGUGGAUCCCGACGGGAAGAUCGCGGGGCCACAGCUGGACGUGCCGUUGGGCACUUCAAAGGAACAGCUUGGCACGCUGCUGAAUCAACUGCUGGAAAACGCUGAAGAGAUGCCGUACAGCUUUCACUUGGAAGAGACCGAGAUCACGUCAAACUUGGCUGCCUCUUUUGGAAAACUCGCCAGUCAAUCAACAGAACGCGUGCUGAACAUCACCUAUUACCCAUUGGCCGUCUUCAGAGUUCGACCGGUCACGCGUUGCACCUCCUCGCUCAGUGGCCAUAUCGAGGCCGUGCUGUGUGUGGCCUUCUCGCCGGAUUCGACCAAACUGGCCAGUGGCAGUGGAGAUUCCACAGUGAGGCUCUGGGAUCUCAACACGGAGCUGCCCAAGCACACCUGCAAAGGUCACCUGAAUUGGGUCCUGGCAGUUGCUUGGUCACCGGACGGCUCCAGACUUGCUUCAGCUGGGAUGGACAAGAUCGUUCUGGUUUGGUGUGCCCAAAGUGGCAAGAACUUGGGCGCUUUACGCGGCCACACGCAGCCAGUGACCUGUUUAUGUUGGCAGCCCCUGCAUGUUGCGGAAGGUGACAGCUUUCCACUGCUUGCCACCAGCUCCAAGGAUGCGGCAGUCAGAAUUUGGGACACGUCCGUGGGCGUGUGCUUGCGCAGCCUCACGUCUCACUCGCAGCCGGUGAUGCAGAUCCGCUGGUCCGGCGAGCGGCCGGACAUCGGAGGUGUGGUCUACAGCGCUGGAAGGGACUGCGUCAUCAAGGUAUGGAACCCAAAGGAUGGAGCCAUGCUGAAUGAGUUGAAGGGCCACGGUCACUGGGUAAACACCUUGGCCCUGAACACGGACUAUGUGAUUCGUUCGGGGCCCUACUCCCAUGAGCCCGCGAAGUUUAAAGACUUGGCGGAGAAGAAGGAGGCGGCCAAGAAGCGCUAUGCUGAGGCUAUCGAGCUCUGCGGCGGGGAACGCCUGCUGAGUGGAUCGGAUGAUUUCACGCUCUUCCUGUGGCGGCCCUUGGUAUCCAAAACGCCAGUGUGCCGGAUGACGGGGCAUCAGAAGAUUGUGAAUCAAGUUGCCUUUUCCCCCGACGGUCGUUGGUUCGCCUCCGCCUCCUUCGAUAAGUCGGUUCGGCUCUGGGACGGUCGAACGGGCAAAUAUGUCCACGCCUUCCGCGGACACGUGGGUGAUGUCUAUCAACUUGCAUGGUCAGCAGAUAGCAGGCUCUUGGUGAGUGUCUCCAAGGAUUCCACCGCGAAGUGCUGGGACAUCAGCCGGCGAAAGCUCCUGGAGGACCUGCCAGGCCAUGCCGAUGAGGUCUAUGCAGUUGAUUGGAGCUUGGAUGGCGCACGUGUAGCGACGGGUUCCAAAGACCGUUUGCUAAAAAUCUGGCGUCAUUAAUAGAUCAUACCGUGCACGGUGUGGCUAGGGUACAAGAGGCGACUCUCAAAGAGAGUCGCAACAGAAACAUGGCAUCGGGAGACAAACUUCCAAAGUUUCACUUAUUGAAAUGAUCUCAUGUGGCUUUCUCUUGGAAGGCACGAUCAUGACAAGGCAUCUUGGCCUUGCAGUUGCACGGCCACUGUCAAUAAGCGCCGGACACAACUCGAAGGCCGGAUGGCGGAAAA